AUGCCUUUUAAAUUCCAAGUGGAGAUAACAAGUAGUCCAUUUGGCCUGAGUCUGUACUUCAAGAAGGACAUUCAGUCUACAGAUACAAAUUUUGGAGUUGUUAAUCUACAAAUGGAUUUUAAAGCUGUAGAACUGGAUAGUGGGAAGAAGGUCAAGGAAAGAGCUCUAAGGGAAGUGGCCGGGGUGAAUGCAAAGGAAUCUAACCCAGAUAAGGAGGUAAGAAUACACAAAGAGAUGAAGGAUCAGGCAAAGAUAGAAGUGUUAAUGGAUUGGAAGUCUUGGAAUAAAGAAGGUGAGCCAGACUGUGGAAAAGAGGAGAUUACAGACAAUGAGAAUGUCAGGAAAUAUACAUCAUCAUUAACUGAAGUUGUAGAGCAAGUUGCAAAACAACAACAAUCAUAAACAUCAGAAAUAGAAAGAAACAAAAACGUUCUAUUAAAUCUUAAGAAAUGAACUCAUGAGCUUAAAAAACAAAUAGCAGCUGUCUCUGCAGAAACUAAAGUAAUGGAGAGGCAAAUUUAUUAGGAGGAUGCUGCCAUAGAGAAUUCCAGACUUCAAUGUGGAAACCCAGAAUCUUAAAACAAGUCCUUAUAUACAGACAAUGUGAAGCUUAAGUUUGGUAUCAAAAUCUCCCAAGAAGAUUUUCAGGAGCACAUGAUAAAAUAUAAGAUUUAUUAUGCAAAAAUAAAAGCACAUAAAGAUAGUUUGGGGGAGAUAGAAAUCCAAUGGUCAUUUAUAAUUGAACUCUGUGAAAAACAAGAUCUAGUUAAAAAACUAAAGACAAUGAAAGAGGAACUUAUGCAAGAUCUCCAAAAUCCAGGAGGGAACCAAAUGACACAAGUACAUGAAGAUAUUUCAAAGCUAAAGAAUGAAAUUAUAAUUGUAAAGGAAUCAUUAAAAAUGUGUUUUCUUGAAGAAGAAAAGAGGAGACAUGAAAAAUAAACAAAAGAAAUAGAGAUAUGACAUAAAAGAUAUGAUGCAAUUCUUAAGCGUUUACAUUGUCAGUUGAACAAGGUUCAGUCAAAUAGAAGAUAAUGGCGAAGGAACAUUCAACAGCUGGAAAAAACUGCAGCUGAACUAAGAAAAUGUGUUUGA